AUGAAGAAAGAGAGUAUAAGGGAAAAAGAACUGUUUUGUAUUCCUCUUAGAAAUCUUCGAGCCAUUGCAUUGACCAAUGUGCAAAGAGAUGUUUUCAGCCACGAAAUAGAGGGUCUACGGAGAGUAGGGUGGGCGUCGGAGAUCAUGCAGCAGAGGGCGUUGUCGAACCCUAAGAUUGAAGUGAUUUGGAACUCUUCGGUGGUGGAGGCGUAUGAAGAUGAGAACGGGAAAGGCGUGCUUGGUGGUUUGAAGGUGAAGAACGUUGUUACUGGUGAUGUUUGA